AUAAAGAUACAUCUAUAGAAUAGUGGUAAUAGCAUUUGGAGUAAGCUUUCUUUUCAAUAUUAAAAAUAUAUUUUAAUUUUCUAUUUCCAAGGCAACUGACAAUUCACAAAAACUCUUUCAUUCUUUAGAUUAUAUUUUUCAGUACGUCUUCCCACGCGCGACACAAAUAACAGCACACGACGCAUAAUAUCCUUUUCUGGAUUCUUGAGGCAAGAUCGUAGGCGGUAUAAUGCAGUUGAUCAUUCGCGAUGUCUCCAAGAAUGUUAAUCCUUAGCCGACAUUACGGUCAAGCCCGUGUCGAUUACCAUAGCGCAAUGGCACUGUAUCGUUGAAAAAAAAAUCUGAAAUAUGUAGUGGAGCAACACGCAGGAUGUAUCCACACAAGCUAAGAUAGGAAAGUACGAACACAAGUCGGUGGUCCUUGAAACUGUACGUCCAACCGCGACUAUGGAUUUGAUUCUAUGAAAGGUGAACCUUGGUCUUGCUCGUAACACCAAUGCAACCAACGAUGCAACACUUUUACCGUAUCUCUUAACUGUAGAACACACUGUAUAUUGUUGACACCCUAUAUUACCGUUAUCCUCGCACGGGGCCCCACUCUUUGGAUCCAACUGGACAGGACUGGUAGAGUUUUACUUUCGUUCGAGGAUCGGUCUUAGUUCAGCUUUGCAGCUUCGUGUUCUUGCACAUAACACACGGUGUAACUAUUACGACAAUUCAAAUGAAUUUCAUCGUGGAUUAACGCUACAGUUUUAGAAAAAUGAAACGAAGACCGAUCAACGGUACAUUCGCCUUCCUAUCACGAUUGCGAUUUGCAGAUUGCUCGCCUUGUUCGUACUGGUCGAGAGUACGAUACUACCGUCCAACAUGUUGCUGGAUCUGGGCCGACGUACGAAUAUAUCGAUGGAGAAGUACCAUCAAGCGGAACAAGCGAUUCUCAGUUCUCACACCCAUCUGAAUCACGGUUCACCGUCAUGGUUCCUAGGUGCCUCGCACGAGAUGACCGAACACGCUCAAAAUCUGUCGAGGAAGGCAUUGCGUAUCGAAACAAUGGCGGUGAUGUUGGUGGAGGCUUUGAACAUGUCCUCCAAGGAGGCAUCAUCAGUAUUACCUUCGGUGGCUGCCAUCAGUUGUUCCGGUUCGCCGACAUUUUUGCAACUGAUGAACAGCUGCAAGAAUGUAGAUCCUCGUUACAGAACGCACACCGGAAAAUGUAAUAAUGCUUUACAUCCGACCUGGGGUGCCUCUAUGGAAGCUUACGUGAGAUUCUUACCAGCCGAAUACGUGGACGGUGUUUCUCUACCUCGGAUAGAUUUGCCCAGCGCCAGGGAGGUGUCUUCGAGGGUACACUCCGGAGGAUCGGAUCUUAAACAUCCAUAUUUAAUGGCGCUGACCGCCUUAUUUGGACAGUUUCUUGUCCACGAUCUAGCGCACACGCCCAAGAUGGAAUUACCCGACGGAGCGAAGUUGAAAUGUUGCGAUGUCGAUUACGAACAUUUCCAUCCGGAAUGCUUUCCAAUCCGAGCUGAUAAUGCUGUUGGAUGCAUGGAAUAUUCCAGAUCGGCACCGCACCCAGGAAACUCCUUACAAGGUUGCAAAUUGGGUCCCCGACAACAAAUCAACCAAGCAACGUCGUACUUAGACCUUUCCCCGGUUUAUGGGAGUUCGGAGGAGGUAGCAAAAGUGCUACGAUCCGGCAAGGGUGGUUUACUUAAUACGCAAAGGAAGAACUUGCCCAUGCCCUCGACCAAGUACGAAAGUUGCAGAAGCGUGAACAAAGCUUUCCCGUGUUUUCUUAGCGGGGAUUCCCGGGUAAACGAGAAUCCCGGUCUCACUCUAAUGCACGUACUUUUUCUACGUGAACAUAACCGAGUGGCAACAGAGCUGGGACAACUGAAUCCUCACUGGGACGACGAGAGACUCUACCAGGAAGCAAGAAGGAUCGUUAUCGCGGAAAUGGAGCAUAUAACUUAUAACGAGUUUCUGCCCGUUGUUCUCGGCGAAACAACUCUCGACAAGUACCAGUUACGUUUAACAAACCGAGGGUAUUUUCGAGGAUACGAUACCCGAACGGAUGCGACACUCUCAAACUCAGUCGCCUCCGCUGGGCUCUUCUUCAUUGCCACGUUGACCCCAAAAACUCUCGACCUAGUUGACUCGCGAUCGGCGUUAAAGUCUGGAGAAAGGUCUUUACUAUCGGCCUUCUACGCUCCCCAAGAGUUCUAUGAAGCUGGUGCUAUUGAUCGUUUGAUCGUUGGUGCUACAGCUGGACAUUCUAGGAAGCCAUUACCACCGGGACUGAAUGAAAUCCUUUUGGAACGAUAUUUCCACGAUGGAAAGAGCAACGAUAUUGCGGUGGAUUAUGCUGCUCAAAUCAUACAACAAGGAAGGGAUCACGGUUUACCAUCUUAUGUCAGAUGGCGAUCUUUCUGUAAUUUAUCGCCUAUCAAUAAUUUCGACGAUCUUAGAGGGUUAAUGGCCAAGGAUACCAUAAAUAGACUUCGAAGAGUUUACCGAAAUACAGAAGAUAUAGAUUUAGUAACAGGGGCACUUUCCGAAGCACCUUUGCCUAAUUCUGUUUUGGGACCAACGUUCCUUUGCUUAUUAGGUCGUACUUUUCGAAAUCUUCGUUUGGGCGAUAGAUAUUGGUACGAAAAUGCGAAUAGUCCAGGAUCAUUCACGCUGAGUCAAUUAGAAGAAAUUAGGAAAAUUAAAAUGGCACAGAUCUUGUGUUACAAUGGCGAAAGAUUACACUGGAUACAGCCUAGAGCAUUUCUUCUCAGAGAUCGUUUUUUAAAUGAAAUGACAAAUUGCACGAUACACACGAGUCAAUCACCGAAUUUUGCAGCUUGGAAAGAACAGAAUACGUCCUGAUUUUUAUAAUAUUUAUAAACGAUAUGUCAUCAAUUGUACAUAACAAGCGCUAUUUCUAAUUAUUAUUAAUAGAGAUCCCACGUGUUCAUAUAAUUAGCAUUCUUCCUUGCCAUAAAAAAUUUCAAAACCGAAAUUUCAAUUUUUCUAUGGAAAGUCUGUGGGUCGCACAUUUUAGCUUCGGGGUCCCUGACACCCCGUAUGCCAUAAUGUUAUACAAAGAGUAUCACCGCUGCUUCGGGGCCCCUAACACCCCAAGCCAUCGGCCAUUGCGCCAUCUAUACAGAAGCGGCGCAAACUAUUUGUUAACUUACCGACUGUCGGAAGUUCAGUCAAUAAGUCGGUAAUUUAUUAAGUAGUUUCUGCCGCUUUUGUAUAAAUGGCGCAGUGGUCGAACUUUAAAAAUAUUUAAUUCUAGGCGGUCUUCUCAAAAUAUGUUUGUCAAAUAAUUAUUCUAAUAACUUGUCGGUCUUGUGCUGAUUUUGUCUGACUUAUUUAGGUAUGAAAUUUUAUCAAAUUCGGCAAGACGAAUCACUUGUAAAUAAAAAGUAUCAUUGCUUUUUACCAUAUGUUUAAUUACAUAAAACAUUAUAAAAUUAUUACAUAGUAUUAUGAAAAAAAGUUUAUCGAUUCGAAACCAAUACUUUAUGUAUUGUUUAUUCGGUCCAAGCAUAAAUAAGACGUUCCUUUUGCUAUUAUGUGUCUUGGUAAAUAAAUCAUUUUAAAACA